UUACCAGGGGGUAAGGGGGGAGGGAUAAAUUGAGAGAUUGGGAUUGACAUAUACACACUACUAUGUAUGAAAUAGAUAACUAAUAAGGACCUACUGUAUUACACAGGGAAGUCUGCUCAGUAUCUUGUAAUGACCUAUAACGGAAAAGAAUCUUAAAAAGAGUGGAUAUAUGUAUAUGUAUAACUGAUUCACUUUGCUGUACACCUGAAACUAACACAAUAUUGUAAAUCAACUCUACACCAAUAAAAAAAUUUUUUUAAAAACCACAUUUUGGGAAGAUCCCCAGCGUCGCGGUCUCAGAGCGCAGUCCUAACGGUGCCGAGGAAGCUAGCGCUCUCCGUUUCCAGUCCGCGUCCCUCCCUGGGCCGGGCUGCCACUCUUACCUGUCCCGUCCCUCAUGGCGCUGCUCCGACGCCCGACGGUGUCCACCGAUUUGGAGAAUAUUGACACAGGAGUUAAUUCUAAACCUAAAAGCCAUGUGACUAUCAGACGGGCAGUUUUAGAAGAAAUUGGAAAUCGAGUUACAAUCAGAGCCACACAAGUAACUAAGAAAGCUCAGAACACUAAAGUACCUGUUCCACCCACCAAUACAACAAAUGUCAACAAGCACCUGAAACCUACUGCUUCUGUGAAACCAGGGCAGAUGGAAGUGUUGGCUCCAAAGGGUCCCUCUCCCACACCUGUGGAUAUCUCCAUGAAGGAAGAGAACCUCUGCCAAGCUUUCUCUGAUGCCUUGCUCUGCAGAAUUGAGGAUAUUGAGACUGAAGACUGGGAGAACCCUCAGCUCUGCAGCGACUAUGUUAAGGAUCUCUACCAGUAUCUAAGGCAGCUUGAGGUUCUGCAAUCCAUAAAUCCACAUUUUUUAGAUGGAAGAGAUAUAAACGGGCGCAUGCGUGCCAUCCUGGUGGAUUGGCUGGUGCAAGUCCACUCCAAGUUUAGGCUGCUGCAGGAAACUCUGUACGUGUGCGUCGCCAUCAUGGACCGAUUUUUACAGGUUCAGCCUGUCCCUCGUAAGAAGCUUCAACUGGUUGGGAUUACAGCUCUGCUCUUGGCUUCCAAGUAUGAGGAGAUGUUUCCUCCAAAUAUUCAAGACUUCGUUUACAUCACAGACAAUGCUUACACCAGUUCUCAAAUUCGAGAAAUGGAAACUCUAAUUUUGAAAGUACUGAAAUUUGAGUUGGUUCGACCUUUAGCACUACAUUUCUUAAGGCGGGCAUCAAAAGCCGGAGAGGUCGAUGUUGAACAGCACACUUUAGCCAAAUACUUGAUGGAACUGACUCUCAUUGACUACGACAUGGUGCAUUAUCACCCUUCUAAGGUGGCAGCAGCCGCUUCCUGCCUGUCCCAGAAGGUUCUAGGCCACGGAAAAUGGAACUUAAAGCAGCAGUAUUACACUGGAUACACAGAGAAUGAAGUAUUGGAAGUCAUGCAGCACAUGGCCAAAAAUGUAGUGAAAGUAAAUGAAAAGUUAACGAAAUUCAUCGCCAUCAAGAAUAAGUAUGCCAGCAGCAAACUCCUGAAGAUCAGCACAAUUCCCCAGCUGAACUCAAAAACCAUCCAAGAGCUUGCCUCACCUCUGCUGGGACGGUCCUAGGGUGCCGAGGCCCUCAGGGAAGAGUGCUUCAUCUGUGCACUUUGUCUUGCUGAUUUGGAACUCCUGACUUUAUAUACAGUCUUCUGGUCUAUUUCAUGAAACCUUUUCUCAGACUGAUUUUCUACAUGUAUAUUGAGGAAAAAUAAAGCUAUUGAUUUUCUUAAGGUAAAAAAAAACAAACAAACCACAUUUUGAUUUUCUGUAGGAAAAUGAGUUUCAUUCUGUAGGAUAAAUGCCUAGAAAUGCAAUUGCUGAGUCAUUUGCAUAUGUACAUACUCAUCAUUUUAAGGUCCUAUGAUACAUUUUACCAAAUUGCUUUCCCAAAUGCUUGUACCUAUUUACCAAAAACCUUAUCCCUUUACCACUAGGGUUUGCAAUUGUAAACAGCUUUUGCUAAUAAAAUGGUAUGCCGUCAUUUUAUUGCACAUUCCUGGCUUAUUAGUGAGGCUGAAUAUCUUUUCCUAUAUGUAUUAGCUAAAUUCCCCAACAGAUGCUUCAUAUUUUAUCAGAGUAUUGUCAUCUUCCUGUUGAUUUUAACAACUCUUUAUAAAUAUCAUCCUCUCUACUAUAUAAGCUGAAAAUAUUGUUUCAUUUUGUUCUUUUACCUGUGUAUGGUGACAUUUGCCAAAUUAAAGUUUUGAAUUUUUAUGUAGCUGGCAAUGAAAAUUUAAUUAACAAUCAAGUUAAGCAGAAAAAGAGAAUUUAAUUCGAGCCAAACUAAGGAUUAUAACCCAGGAGACAGACUCUCAGAAGCUCUGAGGAUUGUUCCACCUGUUAAAGUUGAAGGCACGGUCACAUACGUUUUCAAGACAAAAGGUCAUACAUCAAAAUGACAUACUGACAUUUUAUACAAAGUUCACCAAAGACACAUAGUCUAGGUAAGCACAUACAAAGCGAGUAGUAAGUCAUCAUGACCUUCUACAAAGUUAGGAAAGAACACUAUUCUUUUAAGAAGUUACACUGAUAGUGUCAGAAGCAAGAAAAACAUUGAUCUUUAAAGCUGAGCAGGCGUUUCCAUCUUUGAGGAGGUCUGGUUCAUGUGUAAUGCAGAUGGAAGGGAGCGAGGAGGCCCAAAUGGACACAGAGAGAAUUUUAUAAGUUUUUCUCAUCCUGCCUUAAAAUAUAAAUUUUAUUUCAUCAUAUUUAAAGAACAAACUUGUGAUUCCAAAUUUGGGCAAAUGUAAAAUUAUGCAGUGAUUCAAAGUUAAUUGAAUAUGUUGGAUUUUUAAAUCAAAGUUGAUGUGCAGACAUUCACUGAAGGAAUCCAAUGCCCUCUGCCUAAGAAACGUAUUGUUUUGGUAAUGACCAUAUCAAUUGUCUUUUCAUCCUUUCAUUCAGCAGAUAAAUAGGGUUCCAAGCAGCUUUUAUCAAAUCUGAUUUCUUCUAACCUUCUCUGGAUGCAUCAUUCUGGGUCAAUUCCUUUCGGUGACCGAUAAAAUGUUCAAUAGUGUUGGGCUGUAGUUUGCAGCAACGAGAAACACAAUGCCCAACUCAAACUACCCUUUUAAGGAGGAAAGUCGUUAUAUCCCUUAACAGGACAUGGAGAGAGCCAUGGUCCUGGGGUGAAUUAUUUCAAGCGCUCAACGGGACUUCCCUGGCUGUCCAGUGGUUAGGACUCCGCCCUUCCACUUCAGGGGGCGAGGGUUUGAUCCCUGGUCAGGGAACUAAGAUCCCAUAAGACAUGCAGCACGGCCAAAAAAAAAAAAAUUAAGUUCUCAUCAUCAUCAUCCAUGAGACAAGUUCACCCUAUCGUCCAUUUCAGUGACUUGGGGAGGUCACCCAGGGGGAACCCACCACCCAUCAAAGUGGGUCAUAUCAUCAGGGACCUCUUCAACACACUGGGUUUGAGACACAGGCAUUACAGGCAGAUCCACAUUACAACACAGGGGAAGCAGGGCACAGGGAGAGACAAAGCGGCUUUCCCUCCGAGCCCUGGCUCGGCCCAGUA